AUGGACACUUACGUUCUCUUCGCGAUUCUAUCAGGAGCAUUCGCAGCCCUCUCGAGUGUAUUCGCGAAGUUAUUCUCGAAUGAUGCGACAGUCCCUGCCAUUUUGAGGUUCCUCAACUUGGAACAUGUCGCAUUCGCUGAGCCCGUCGUACGGGGGUUGUGCUUCCUCCUUAUCUUCGCCUCGAAUGCAAUUGUAACCCCACCCUCCGUGCUCUCCUACCCAACUGCUCUAACGUUCUUUACGCAGAUGUGGACCUUCUUUUCCCGCGCUCUCGCCCUCUCAACUUCCUCCACAGCCCCAACAAUCAUCAACACAGUCACGAACUUCGUGGUUGCGGCAGUCAGUGGGUUUGCUGUUUUCGGGGAGGUCGGCGCAUUAGGGAGGUGGGAGUGGUGGGUUGGGGCUGGGAUGAUGGUUGUGGGGAGUGUUGUUGUUGGGAGGGAUGGGGUGGAGGAUGAAAAGGAAAAGGACAAAGUUUCGGAUGCGGAGGAUACGUUGGUCGCAGACAGUGCAGAGGACGUGGAGAGUGAUGAGGGUGCUGAUGACAAUGGGAAGACGAUGGGAGAGGGGGAACCGCUCCUUAAGUGA